AUGGAUGAGCAGAACGAGCUACCCGAAGCUACCCAGAGAGAAGCUGAGCUCCAAAGGCAGCUCGAUGGUCUACAAAGUAAAGUAACCGAGCUGCACAGAGCUCGAGAGGAGGUUGUGGAGAGUCAAGAGCUCUCCUCAGAAGUCCAGAGCUUGAAGGAGAAGCUCGACAAACAUUCCAAGCAACUGGAGCAGAGCGCCGAGAAGCUCAGCCAGCUCGAAUCAGAGAACCUAAUCCUCUGUCAAGUAACUGAGUUGCAUAAAACUCGGGAGGAGGCUAAUCCCGAGCUCUCCUUGGAAUUCCAGAGCUUGAAGGAGAAACUCAACGAACACUCCAAGCAACUGGAACAGAGCGCCGAGAAGCUCAGCCAGCUCGAAUCGGAGAAUCUUAACCUCCGUGACGAGAACCAAGCCCUCAACACAAAGAGUAACAAGAAGCGUCGAUUCCGGUCUCAGGUCCGCCCUAUGCCGACUCUGGAGACACCCAACUUCGGAACAGGUGCGAAUCUCCCACCUAUGGCGUCGGGAGGAGACGCAUCAACGCGCGAGAAGGCUAAGGAUGCCCAGACCUACGACGUGGAAGACAGUGAAUCUGAGGCGGAACCCAAUAAGGAAGCACCUGAUGGAGCAACGAAAGCAGAGUCUCCUAUGGUCGCUUACCUGGAACAGAUGUUCUCCAAGAGGCUCGAUGCCAUGCAGUCCAUGGUAGAGAGGCUCCCAGGAGUAGCUCCCCCCAUCCGGAAGAGAAACCCCGACUCUUAUGUCGAUACUCCUUUCACGGAUGAGAUCACCUUGAUCGAGAUGCCUAGGAAGUUCUCCUUCCCCAGCAUAAUGGCGUAUGACGGCACCACUGAUCCGGAUGACCACUUCGCCCAAUACAGACAAAGGAUGCUCGCCGUAGCACUCCCAAAGGAGUCGCGUGAAGCUACCAUGUGCAAUGGGUUCGGCUCCACCCUGACCGGAUCCGCUCUGCAAUGGUACAUCAACCUACCCUCCAGGUCCAUAGCCUCCUUCGCGAUUCUCAGCGAUAAGUUCGUGGAACAAUUCGCCCGAAGCAGGGAUCUGGAAAAAAUCUCUGAUGGCCUCUACGAAAUCCUCCAGCACAUGGUGGAACCCCUGCGAGGCUACAUAGCCCGCUUCAAUCAAGAGAAGGUGGCUAUCUCUGCCUUCAAAAGAGGCGUACUCCCCGACGGGGAUCUCUAUAAGGAGUUAACCAAAUACCAGUGCAAAACCAUGGAAGACGUCCUAUCUCGAGCCUUGGCGCAUGUAAAAUGGGAAGAAGAUGUCGCUAGCCGCGCUAAGGCGCAACAAAAGCAGGAUCCGAAGACGAUCAGAUCAGACCGAACCGAGCAAGACGAGAAACCCUCUCAAAGACCAGCCAGGGACUCUGGAAAUCGAAACCGGGGCAGAUACCAGAACCAGCCAAUCGAUAAGGCAAAAGGGAUGGCAGUGUCCACGUGGCCAGACAUCUCUCACCGCUCCAUCUCAAGGCCGGAGCUGAUCAAUGUUCUGAGGCGGAUGGGCCAACAGGUUAAGUGCCCUCAGAAGAUGAAAGUACCCUACUCUUUCCGGAACCCUGGUUUCUGGUGCGACUUCCACCGAGACCACCGUCACCAAAUGGAGGACUGCGUCGCACUAAAGAUCGAGGUCAACGAGCUGCUUAAGAAAAGACACCUCAGGGACUGCAUACAGCCUGUCAAGACCGCGGCCUUAUCCUUCCCUCAACGGUCUGAUCAAGCUCUGGACCGAGUGAUUCAUGUCAUAUCGGACGGUUCGGAGAUCAGCGGCAUAAGCCACGCAGCCGCGAAGAAAAGCACCUGGAACGCCAAGCACGGCCUAGAGGCAGCCAAGCCAAAACGCCUACUCCUAGGUACGGACAAAAUAAGUUUCACAGCCAAGGAGCAGGAGAAAGUUCUCACCCGCAUCACGAAGCCCCUGGUCAUAUCGCUCACUGUAGCGAAUUUCCUGGUGAAAAGGAUACUAGUAGAUAAUGGAAGCUCCGGCAACAUCAUCUUCCAGGCCGCAUACAAGGAUCUGGGGAUGGAGGAAAGCGCUCUAACUCGGAGGAUAACCCCGCUUAUAGGGUUCAGCGGAGAAGUCAAACAAACUGUAGGAGAGGUGACACUCCCCGUAUACGCUGAAGGGAUCAACAUGUCAACCAAGUUCCUCGUUGUUGGCUGCGACUCAUCCUACAAUAUGAUCCUAGGACGGCCCUGGAUUCACGGCAUGGGAGCCGUCCCUUCGACUCUUCACCAGAUGGUGAAAUUCCCUACACCCUGGGGCAUAAAGGCGAUCAGAGUAGAUCAGGUGUAUUGCCGCUCCUGCUACCAGACUACUCUGAAGGGAAAUACCAAGGUCUUAUAG